UUCGUUCCGUUUUUUACUGUAAUGGACAAGGCAGUUUUAGCUAUGGAUCUAGAAGACAUCAAGAUGGAAUACAAAAAAUUGAAAGAGGAUGGUGAUAAUUAUCACGAAGAGUCGUCACUGAUUGAAAACUAUAACUGGAUGCAUUAUAUAUAUGUCAGAGAAAAGUAUUUCAGCUGUCCUACUGAAAUCAUCAGGUUAACGGUAGAAAAUGCCUUGCACCAGAAAGCUUUUGAAAUACAGUGCUCUAAAGCUUCUGAACAAGAAAAUCUUCUCAGACAAUUAUUGGCGCUUACAUUUGAAAUAGCAAAAGAAGACUUUUGCUCUAAAGGAACUACUGUUACUAUCAUGCAAGAUGUGUUUGAUGCUGUCUCCAUCGAAAGAUGUGAAGAACUUUUUGUUAUCGUGGAGGAAAGCCUGGACCAGUGGAAAGUGGGAUUUUUUUUCGAGCCAUGCAAAAAUAUGAUAUUGCGCAUGUGCAAUGAUUUGUUGAAACGUCUUUCUCGAACACUGAAUACAAGUUUCUGUGGCCGAAUAUUAGUCUUGCUGGCUCAUGCGUUACCACUGUGUGAAAAGUCUGGCUUAAAUCUUGUCAGUCAUUUCAACUUGGACAAUAUAACUAGCUACGAACUGAUACAUUAUUUAAAAUAUCAGGCCGAUCCAGGUCCCUCAAUUGAUGAACCUCCAGAAGAAGACAGUGAGAGUAUGGAAGUUGGGGAGAUAAAUGAGCGGGAAGCUACAGUUGAUCACACUCUUUAUGCGAAGUUUUGGUUGUUGCAAACAUUUUUCGCCUCUCCAGCAAUUUGUUUUGAAAAAUCAAAGUGGAAGACAUUCCAACAAAAUACAAGCGAAAUCCUCAAUGUAUUGUCAAGUUACAAACUGGAGUCACCUUUUUAUCAUGAUGAGGACUUAAAAAGAAGAUACCUUAAGCAGGAGUUUCCAAGUGAUGAAAGUACUGUCACUCCUUCAACUUCCAAAAUCGUGGAUGAUGAUGAUGAUGAUGGUGAUGUUGAUGAUGAUGAUGGUGAUGAUUAUUAUUGUGCGAAAUAUUUAACAAGCCAUAAGCUCUUGCAAUGGCAGUUAAAUGAUUCACGUUUCCGACGCUGUUUUCUUCUUCAGUGCUUGAUUUUAUACCAAUAUUUAGUGUCAGACAUAAAAUUCAAGGAUAAAUCUUUUAUAUUAAAUGACGAACAGUUACGAUUUAUUAUUGAGUCGACAGAGAAAUGUUUCCGUUUAUUACGUGAAACGCAUCCUGAAGGGUCAACUUUCUCCGAAGCUAUCCGAGCAAUUUUGUAUCGGGAAAAGGAAUGGUCUGAGUGGAAAAACAGAGGUUGCUUUGACUAUACACAACUAGUGGAUAAAGAGAAAGGAUCUUUUUUUAAGAGGCGUACUAAACAAAAAUACGAUCCCAGUCAAUGUGAUCUAGGCAAUUCAGAGCUAACAAGACUGUGGAAUAUAAAUCCGGAUAUGCUGUCAGCAUGUGAAGACCCGAAGCGAAAUUUUAUACCGGACUUAAGAACAUUUCUUGAGAAUCGGCUCGAUGAAUUAGACCCAAAGCAGUUAGUUGAAGAACAGUAUCAACUGAUGAACAAUGAAAUGUUUCAGUGGAGAGCUUCACGACUUUUGAUGUCUCAGAGUGCAUCAUAUUUUCAGAUGCCGCCAAAAAAAAAUGAAGUAGUAGCAAAUCUGGCACCAUUUUUAAACGAAGUCAUCAAACAGACUGCUUCUGAGAUCCCGGAAUUAAAAGAUCGUUUUCCAGAUUUUGAAAAUAUCAGUCAAAUUUGCACAGAAGUUGUUAGUGACAAUGUUCCUUCCAGUGUUCCAAAUGGAAAGGAACGGAUUGAAGCCUCUGCUGCUUUGACUGAUUCACACAUUGAACAAUUGGCACCUAUAUUAGCAGAAAGUUGGCUAGCUUUAGCACACGCGAUGGAUGUUCCGAAAGAAGAAGAUGAUAUAUUAGAAGAGCCGAUCAAAAUUACACAAAGCAUAUUGAUGGCUUGGAAGCAGAAGGAAGGAAGUGGAGCCACGAUAAAAAGAUUUAGUAGCGUUUUAUUGAUGGCUGAGUUAUUCAGUGAGCAAAUUGGACAAAUUUUUAGAUCGGUAUGCUUUUAA